AUGGAGGAUAUAUCGAAAUACGCGCACAGUCCUGCACACGUGGCAGUAGCGAGGCGUGACCAUGCCGCACUGUGCCACCUCGUUUCCUCCAUUCCUCGACUCGCCAAAGCCGGUGAGGUAAACACUGAAGCUGAAUCGCUCGCGGCGGAGCUCAAAGCCGACCAGGUGUUCGCGGUUAUCGACCGCUGCGACGUUCCAGGAAGAGAAACCUCUCUCCACCUGGCGGUGCGUCUCAGAGACACUGUCUCCGCCGAGAUUCUCAUGUGUGCUGGUGCGGAUUGGAGUCUUCAGAACGAGCACGAUUGGAGUGCGCUCCAAGAAGUCGUGUGCACUAGAGAGGAAGCCAUUGCAGUGAUCAUCGCGCACCACUACCAGCCUCUUAUAUCUCUCUGCCACCUUGGAAAUCUUCAUGCCACACUUUCCACCAAUGGCAUGCAAUUUUAUAUCCAGCAGAGAUUGCCCGCUUCACUAUUUAUAUCACCAUGUAUUCGAUCGGAGAUGUCUGCUGUUGCCGCCGGAGAAACUACCGCUCCCGCCGUGGAAAAGCCAGUGGAGGAGGUUAAGGCGCCGAAGGAAAAAAAACCUAAGGCUCCUAAAGAGAAGAAACCGAAACAGGCUAAAACUGCUUCACAUCCUCCAUAUUUUCAGAUGAUUAAGGAGGCUUUGGUGGCGCUGAACGAGAAAGGAGGAUCGAGCCCGUACGCUAUAGGUAAGUACAUGGAGGAGAAGCACAAGGCGGUGCUCCCUGCGAAUUUCAAGAAGAUUCUGGGUCUGCAAUUGAAGAACCAAGCGGCAAGAGGGAAACUCGUUAAGAUCAAGGCUUCGUACAAGCUGUCCGAAACCGCAAAGAAGGAAAAGAAGGAGACAAAAGCCAACACCGAGAAGACAGAAUCGCGUCCGAAACGAAGCAGAACCGCAACCACCAGAAACGCAACCACCGCUGCUCCGACGAGCAAGAAAACCGAGGCGAUUAAAAAGGCCAAGAAGAAGGUUGGGCCGAAGAAGAGUAAGAAGGUGACUACACCCGCGAAGCCCAAACAGCCCAGGUCCAUUAGGUCUCCGGCCAAGAGGGCCCGGAAGGCUACCAGUACUGCGGCUUGA